UUAUGGAUGGCAGACAACAAACAAACUGUCACCUAUUCCUCCUGGUGACCUAAGUGGGGUCAAAGGUUGCAGUUGUGACCUCCUUCUUCACCCCAGUAUGAACCAUGCUGGCUUUUGUUGCAGGCAUGCAGCACUUACAACCAAAGGCAUCAUGACUUGAAUUGAACGGGAUACUAGUAGUUUAGAAUAGUGGUAACCAAGAUGAAGAGAAGACUGAAGAUGGUGAUUUUAGUCACUGCAGUAUUGUGUUUGUUUUUCUUGUGGUUUGGACUAGGUUCUGGAAGGCCUUCUUCUCGCAAAACAGCAAGAUGGAACAUGCUCCAAGAAACAGCCGACAUCAUCCACAGUUUGGGAGGCAAGGGCCACGUUCAUAUCAACAACAAACAGUACAACAUAGAGGGUCGUGCCAUUAUGCAGGGAGGGGACCAAGGAUCCAUCAAAGUCGAAGCGGGAUGGCAUGAAGUCAAGGUUGAAGGGGACAAACAAAACCAAAAUCUAUUUCCACAACACUUAACUAACCACAAACAUGGGGAAGGGUUUUCUGUGUACAGUCUACCAGAGGGUGAUACCACUGGUAAGGAUGGUAGGGAGGGGCAGGUACCUACUGACGAGGAAACAGCUUGGCUAGAACAAGUGGAGAGAAUUCUAGAUGGUGCUGAAUUUGACCAUCCUUUUGUUUGGAAUGAGCCUGAGAAAGAUUCACAACAUGACAUUAAACAGCAAGAGGGACUAGCAGGUGAAGAUGACAACCCUAAACAGUGCUACUUGUCUCCGCUGGUCAACAGCUUUAAAAAUGUGAUGACAAACAAUGGAGAAGUCAACACCACAACAUAUGCCAACUCACAGUCUGAACUCAUGAAGCUCUUGGAGAUGCUCGGCACAGUUUUCUCUUUCGUUACUUCGGAUGCAAAAUCGAAGAUCGAGAUUUUGGAAGCUUACCGAGCAUCAGAGCAGGGCAAACACUACGCCACCAUCGAGUCCAUGCUGCAAUACGAGAAAGACACGGGUAUCGUCUUGGACAACAAGAAGCCGUCCGGUGCGAGGACGCUUUUACGUCUCCACCGCGCCCUCAAGUUCAUCAUGGAGUUCUUGAACAGGAUGGGGAAGAGCACCUCGGACGCGAAGGUCUCCACCCUGGCGUACGAGUGCUACCAUGAAACCCUGGCGAACUAUCACGUGUGGAUCGUCCGGAAAGCGGCCGGGAUGGCUUUCUACACACUUCCCACCAGGAAGAAUUUCCUGGAGAAGUUGUGCAAGGAGGAGGAGGAUGUGGUCCUGGGGCUGGUCUCGGAACUCGCGGACACGAUCCUACCUGUGUACGAGCAGACGGAGGAGUUGUACACCAAAUUUGACUUCCAUGAGUUACCUUGAUACCGUUAUACCUCAUUGUGUUGUUAUUUUAUCCCAUCUGGCCACACAUAAUUGAUUUCUUGGCACUCGUAUUCACUGCUUGAAUUCUAACAGAGAUAGACCAUCCUUGCCUCUCUGAAAAUAAGUGGCUUUCAGAAAUUUUGUGUCCAUAGUAUCAACUUCACAGCUACUGUAUGUGUGUUGGUAUCAUGUAGAUUGUCUACCUCACAGUGUCUGUUUUUGCCUGCCUGCUUCAUCAAUUUCAUCGUAAACUUUUACCAAAUCGGAGUACCAAGAAAUUGAAUUUGUUUGGCCUUCACCUCUUCCCCGUAUGCUGGCAUGGCAACUUAUGCAUACAUAUCACAUGGAAACAAACUGGAUUUUAAUUGUUCAUAUAUGCUAUAGUUAACUGUUUACAGUUGGGGAAAAAAAAAUUUUUUUUUCUGUUGUGAACAUUAGAAUCACA